UUGACAGCCGGCAGAAUUUAUUUGUAAUCGCACUGACAUUAGUUUCAUAUAUAUUUUCAUAUAUAUUAUAAUAAUAAAAAAUAAUAAUUAAUUAAAAUGGUUGUGAGAAAGUACGAAGAAGAGUUAAAAUACUUAGAAAAAAUAAAUGAUCAUUGUUGGAAAAUAAAAAAAGGCUUCCAGCCGAAUAUGAAGGUCGAAGGAGUUUUCUAUGUAAAUAAUACUCUAGAAAGACUGAUGUUGGAGGAGCUACGUAAUGCCUGUCGACCCGGAGCUGUCGGUGGUUUUUUACCCGGAGUAAAACAAAUAGCAAACGUAGCAGCUUUGCCUGGAAUUGUUGGAAGAUCCGUUGGAUUACCGGACGUACAUUCAGGUUAUGGAUUUGCAAUUGGAAAUAUGGCAGCUUUUGACAUGGACGACCCAAAGUCCAUAGUAUCACCUGGAGGAGUAGGUUUCGACAUCAACUGCGGAGUCCGUUUGCUGAGAACAAAUUUAUGGGAGCGAGAUGUCGCGCCAGUUAAAGAACAAAUUGCACAGAGUAUGUUUGAUCAUAUUCCUGUCGGUGUCGGGUCUAAAGGAAUAAUUCCCAUGAAGGCACAAGAUCUAGAAGAAGCUCUGGAGAUGGGAAUGGACUGGUCACUGCGCGAAGGUUACAGUUGGGCUGAGGACAAAGAACAUUGCGAGGAAUACGGGCGUAUGUUGAAUGCCGAUCCAUCAAAAGUAUCUGACAGAGCUAAAAAACGAGGGCUACCCCAGCUGGGAACACUCGGCGCUGGUAAUCACUACGCAGAAAUCCAAGUAGUUGAUGAAAUUUACGACAAAUCAGCAGCCUGCAAAAUGGGAAUCGAAGAAAAAGGUCAAGUUUGCGUGAUGAUUCACUCAGGAAGCCGUGGAUUCGGCCACCAAGUAGCCACUGACGCCCUCGUCGCCAUGGAGAAGGCGAUGAAACGCGACAAUAUCGAAACAAAUGACCGACAACUGGCCUGCGCUCACAUUAAAUCCCAAGAAGGUCAAGAUUAUUUGAAAUCUAUGGCAGCAGCCGCAAACUUCGCUUGGGUGAACCGCAGCUCCAUGACUUUCCUCAGUCGCCAGGCCUUCGCCAAGCAGUUCCGCAUGGCUCCAGACGACCUGGACAUGCACGUAAUCUACGACGUGUCUCACAACAUCGCCAAAGUUGAAGAACAUCUCGUGGAUGGGAAACUGAAAACACUUCUGGUUCACAGGAAAGGUUCAACUCGCGCUUUUCCUCCUCAUCAUCCUCUCAUACCCGUAGACUACCAGCUCACAGGGCAGCCGGUGCUCAUCGGCGGGACCAUGGGCACCUGCAGCUACGUACUGACCGGCACCGAUCAAGGAAUGCGCGAAACCUUUGGGUCCACUUGUCACGGCGCAGGUCGAGCUCUUUCUCGUGCCAAGUCCCGGAGAAAUCUUGACUACCAAGACGUGCUAAAUAAAUUGGAGAGCAUGGGGAUUUCAAUUCGCAUCGCUUCUCCUAAGUUGGUCAUGGAAGAAGCUCCAGAGUCAUACAAAAACGUUACCGACGUCGUCAACACCUGUCACGCUGCUGGAAUAUCAAAGAAAUGCAUAAAGUUACGACCCAUCGCUGUAAUCAAGGGCUAAUUAAUAAAUAAAUUAAUUACCCAGUACAUUAUUUAUAUACUUUUGUUAAAAUUUCUACGUCAUACUUAAAUUUAAAACUGUAAAUUAUUUAACAUCAAUAAAAUAAAAUCAUUUGUUAAUAAUAA